AAGACCGCGCCAAAGCACAGACAGCGGCCACUCUCCGGGAUAUUAACACACCGCUGUGGCCCCUUUAAACUCACUGUACACUUUGUACGUUCGCUCUAAUCGUCUCAUAUCGGAUAUUUUCUUCAUUUUCAAGAUCGUUUGUUUUUUUUUUGUCGGGAAUACUCAACGUCCACACGCGGGAGUCGGAUUUUGAUGCCGGUGUGCGACUUAACGGUCGUGACACGACUUUCUCUUCGGGCGCCGUGUGCGGCCGGAGUUGGCGCACAGCUUCGACAGGAUUGGCAACACGGUCCUCAGCACCGUUUCUAACUGAGCCUUCAACUGUUCUUGCUUUUUUUUUUCUGAGACAAAAAACAAACAAAAAAGCAAAUCAGGAGACGUUUACACCGGGAUAUUUCAGCUCGAAUAUGUUGCUGUCAAAGUUCGGUUCAUUUUCGCACAUUUGCAACCCCGCGAGUAUGGAUCACCUACCAGUGAAGAUCCAGCUCCAGCCGGUCAAGGUGGAGAAGGAGCCUUUCGAGAAGGUUUACCAAGUGGGGUCGGUGCUCGGCAGCGGGGGAUUCGGAACGGUUUAUGCAGGGAACCGGAUCUCUGAUGGCGCACCGGUUGCUGUGAAACAUGUCGCGAAGGAGCGCGUGACAGAGUGGGGCACAAUUAACGGAGCUAUGGUGCCUUUGGAGAUCCUGCUGCUAAAGAAGGUCAGCUCGUCUUUCCGCGGAGUUAUAAAGCUGCUGGACUAUUACGAGCGCACCGACGGCUGGCUAAUCGUUAUGGAGAGGCCGGAGCUCGUCAAGGACCUGUUUGACUUUAUCACCGAAAAGGGAGCUCUGGACGAGGACACGGCGCGGGGCUUUUUCCGCCAGGUUCUGGAGGCGGUGCGGCACUGCUACAGCUGCGGCGUAGUACACAGGGACAUCAAAGAUGAAAACCUGCUGGUGGACCUGCGCACCGGGGAGCUCAAGCUUAUUGAUUUCGGCUCAGGGGCGAUUCUCAAGGACACUGUCUACACUGAUUUCGAUGGUACAAGAGUCUACAGCCCACCAGAGUGGAUCCGCUUCCACAGAUACCACGGCAGAUCAGCCACGGUGUGGUCACUAGGUGUGCUGCUGUACGACAUGGUGUGUGGAGACAUCCCCUUCGAGCAGGACGAUGAAAUCCUCAAGGGGAAGCUUUACUUCAGAAGACGAAUCUCAGCUGAAUGCCAACAGCUGAUCAAAUGGUGCCUAGGCCUGCGGCCAUCCGACCGGCCCACUCUGGAGCAGAUCUGUGACCACCCCUGGAUGAGAAUCACAGAGGAGUCGCCCAAAUCAUCAGAGGAGCCCACAGCAGGGGAGAUCCGUCUCAGAACCAUCGACACGGACUCUUCGUCAAGCACAAGCUCAAGCAAGGAAAGCCUCUGAGCACAGCUCUGAUGAACUGAAUGGACUUUGUGAAGAAAGAAGGGGUUGGGAUGGAAAGAGGUCAUCCAGACUUGUACUCGGAGCUGUCAGCAGCCGUGUGCUUGACUCAUCUGGCCAAGAAAGAAGGAAAAAAAAAACAA